AUGCUCCUCACCUGGGUUUCGAUGCUGACCCUGGCGCUCCUGGCAGGGAGUGGGGACGCCCAGAGCUGCAAGCCUGAGCUGCAAGGCACUGGUAAGAGCUCCCAAAGGGGUCUGUGGGUCAGACCCAAAUGCAAAUAAUACUUCUCCACCACCCCAAAGCACCCCCUAUUUUCCCCAAACCAGUGACCUCUAAGCUGCUGUUGUGACAGUGAAAGUUGGGAGCCAUCUUACCUAGUGAGGACGUCACAUAUUAAGAUGGCAAAGCCUGAAUUAGUUAUCCAAAGGGUUCAGACCUGACAAGUUGUGAUGGGGGAACAACAUUUCCCCUCCGUUGGACCCAUUCAUCAGAUUCAUCCCUUUAUGUGUUCAGACUGGGGCUGUUUCACCCACAGGCAGAGGAUGCAGCACUGAGGUGGCUGCUGUUUCCUGAUGGUGCAGCCUCUAGAGCUCAGCAUCAGGAGCCCAUUGCUCAUCGGGGCACCCCCAAAAAUGGGUCUGGGAAGGCCAUGACCAAUGCUACCAUUGGACAUCAAUGCCAAGGUUGGAUAGGGCCGGUCUCUGAGCAUGUUCAGUGUGCUUUCAUACUCAGCACCUAGAUGGCCCUCUUAGGACUAUAUUCUACAUUAUCCUUCAAGACUGCUUGGGGAGAGGGAGGAGGAACUGGUUUAUCUUUCGAUUUCCCAUUUGCCCAAUGCGACCUUCAGUCUGGUAGCUCAUUCCUUCAGGUGAAAUGGGGGUGGAUGUGCUAUGAGGUAUACAUGGAUGGCAAGAAAUCAACACACUCUUGAAAUCUCCAACAACACGUUCAGAUGUAACCUCUUUGUUGUCACUGCAAUUUUUUCCUGCUCUUACACUGCACAAGGGACGCGGGUGGCACUGUGGGUUAAACCACUGAGCCUAGGACUUGCCGAUCAGAAGGUUGGUGGUUCGAAUCCCCACAAUGGGGUGAGCUCCCGUUGCUCAGUCCCUGCUCCUGCCAACCUAGCAGUUCAAAAGCACGUCCAAGUGCAAGUAGAUAAAUUGGUACCACUCUGGCGGGAAGGUAAAUAGCGUUUCCAUGUACUGCUCUGGUUCGCCAGAAGCGGCUUAGUCAUGCUGGCCACAUGACCCGGAAGCUGUACGCCAGCUCCCUUGGCCAAUAAAGCGAGAUGAGCGCUGCAACCCCAGAGUCGGCCAUGACUGGACCUAAUGGUCAGGGGUCCCUUUACCUUUACACUGCACAAUGACAACCCCCGUUUUAUCCUCACAAGAGCCCUGCGAGGUGUCAGGCUGAAGGAGAAAGGACCAAACUCAGCCUCCGGCUCUCAGCACCACCAGCUUAUUGCAGGACUGGGCUUGCCCCAAAAUGCAGGGAGGUGGGAAGAGGGCAGGAACAUUUAAUUAAAAUCUGGAAAUGCAACUAUUUUAAUAUCAGUGUGGCGAUAUUCCUCCCUCUUCUGUUGCAGCUUCUUUGAACACUGAAAGUGGGUCUCCUGAAGGGCUUUGCAAAGCUUCCCCUGGUCUCUGUGCUCCCUGUUCUUGUCCAGAGAGGAGCUUCCAUGGAAGCUGUAUAACUCUCUAACCAUUUAUUCUCCCUCCAUCUCCUUCCCAUCCUGCUCCAGCUCACAACUUGGCCAAAGGCCGCCCAGCCUUCCAGUCCUCCAUCUACCCAAAUCAGGUUUUUACUGGCGCAAAAAACGCUGUGGAUGGGAAUUGUGACGGGUUCUUCGUCGGAGGCUCCUGCACCCACACUAAUCAAGACCAGGACCCCUGGUGGUACGUGGACCUGGGCGAUGAGUAUGCCAUCUCGGCCGUGGUGGUGAAAAACCGUCAGGGCUGCUGCAGUGAGAGACUCCGGGGAGCCCAGAUCCAUGUAGGAGACUCCGUGGUUGACCAUGGCAAGUCCAACCCCCUGUAAGUUUCAUUUUCCCCAACCUCCAUCCUGCCCCCUUUACAAGGGUGGGACAGGGACAGUGACCAAAGAUGGAGAAAGUGGGUGGUGGUAAUUUUGUAGUAAUUAUUCUGGACUACAGUGAAAGGUAGUGAGUGAUAUGAAUGAAUGCAUCCUCCCCUAUCAUUCUGCCCGGACACUGAGGUCCAGCUCCAAAGGCCUUUUUCUGGAAGUUCCCUCACUGCAAGAAGUGAGGUUACAGGGAACAAGGCAGAAGGGCCUUCUCGGUGGUGGCGCCUGCCCUGUGGAACGCCCUCCCAUCAGAUGUCAAGGAAAUAAACAACUACAGUGGUACCUCGGGUUAAGUACUUAAUUCGUUCCGGAGGUCCGUUCUUAACCUGAAACUGAAGCACCACUUCAGCUAAUGGGGCCUCCUGCUGCUGCCGUGCCGCCAGAGCACAAUUUCUGUUCUCAUCCUGAAGCAAAGUUCUUAACCCGAGGUAAUAUUUCUGGGUUAGCGGAGUCUGUAACCUGAAGCGUCUGUAACCCGCGGUACCACUGUAUCUGACUUUUAGAAGACAUCUGAAGGCAGACCUGUAUAGGGAAGUUUUUAAUGUCUGAUGUUUUAUUGUAUUUUUAAUAUUUUGUUGGAAGCUGCCCAGAUGGGCGGGGUAUAAAUAAAUAAAUAAAUUAUCAUCAUCAUCAUUAUAAACGCCAGGGAGGCCAGCUUUUGGGGGAGACUGGGCAUCACCCUUUGACUGGGAUCAUGAGGAAUAGCAUAUAUUUAGGGAUGUAUUCCUUCACAGUUUAGAUGGAGAUUCCACAUUAAACCCACCCUACAGCUGAUUCUCUCUCUCUCUCUCCCUCUCUCUCUCCAGCUGUGGGACCAUCACAGACACCAGCCUUGGCUCUGUCAGCACCUUGUACUGCAAUUGGCUCAAGGGCCGCUUCGUGAGCGUCAACAUCCCGGGAAGGGCCGAAUACCUGACCUUGUGCGAGGUGGAGGUCUAUGGCACCAAGGCAGAAGACCAGUGCUAG